CUGUGACAAAGUCAAAUAUAUCCGAGCGGCUGCAGCUUUUACGCAGAAAAAUUAGAGGAAAUCAGUCUUGACAUGCAGCUGAAGCCUCUUUAAAACAGACCAAAUUAUUAUAAAAUAUAGUGAUUAAUAAAUAAUUCUAAUAAAUAGUCUGCAGUCAUUAAUAUAAUGAGCUGAUUAAUGAGGAAGAGUGAUGAUAAAGAAGGAAGAAGACGGAGAGAGGCGAUGGAGGAACUUAGACCAAGAAGAAUGACCAUGAGGAUUUUUACAUGAGAACAUGUUUUCAAGCUUUAUGGAGUUUCAAUAAGGUGUUUCUAUCAUGCAGAAGAGAUGGAUGCGUCGGAAGUUGCCCGUCUUGAUUUUCACCUUCUUCAUCAUUCUCUAUGUGGAUUUUCAAUUACGCACCAGCAGCCUCUCCAAACUCACUGUGGCUCAUCAUCAUCCAUCAGCCGGUGCGCUGCAGCAGCGUGCAUCCAUCCAGCAGACUGCAUCACCGGCCAAGGACGCACAGAACCCGGCUGACAGCAGCAGCAGCAGCAGCAGGAAGGCAGGACACCCAGCCUCCUCUGAGGAUGCACAUGUCACCCAGCAGAAGUUGAAGCUGGAGGACAUCUUCAUCGCUGUGAAGACGACCGGGCGGUUCCACCAGACGCGUCUUGCGCUCCUGUUGGAGACGUGGAUCUCCAGAACCAAAGCGCAUACGUUCAUCUUCACAGAGACAGAGGAUGAGGACUUACAUUCACAAGGUUACAACAUGGUGGUAACGGGCUGCCAGUCGGAUCACAGCCAGCAGGCUCUGUCCUGCAAGAUGUCCGCCGAGUACGACGGCUUCAUGGCCUCAGACAAGAGGUGGUUUUGUCAUGUGGACGAUGAUAACUACGUGAACCCAGAGGCCCUCCUCUCCCUUCUCUCGGCCUUCCCCCAGGACGGCGACAUCUACGUGGGCAAACCGAGCCUGGACAAGCCCAUCACUGCUCACGAGCUGCUGGAGGGCAACGCCACGAGGGAAGUGCGGUUCUGGUUCGCUACAGGAGGAGCAGGAUUCUGUCUGAGUCGGCGGCUGGCGGAGAAGAUGGCUCCGUGGGCCAGCGGCUCCAGGUUCGAGCAGACGUCGGCGACGAUCCGUCUCCCUGACGACUGUACGGUGGGCUUCAUCGUGGAGAAGAGGCUGGGCAUCUCCAUGGUCCACUGUCCUUUAUUCCACUCCCACCUGGAGAACCUGCUGCUCGUCAGCCACAGAAGCAUCCCACACCAGGUGACUCUGAGCUAUGGGAUGUUUGAGAACAAGAUGAACAGCAUCGAGGUGAAAGGAAGCUUCUCGAAGGAGGAAGACCCCUCCAGGUUUAAGACAGUCCACUGCAUGCUGUAUCCUUUCACCAGCUGGUGUCCUUGAACUUCUCAGAGAAGACGACAACUUCCAAACCCACACGGGACAAAAGACUGCUGGAUGAAGUACUUUUCCUGAGUAUUGUCUAAAUGCUGAGAAAAACUGGUGGAUUUUAUUUUUCCAUGGAGCAAUUUGAGAUGCAGACAACAGAACUGGAAAUUGAGGAAGUAGAAGAGAAGCCUCGGACAACAGAGGACUCAACAAUACAAAUCUGGUUUCUCUGUACCUGCUCAGAUGGACACUCAUGGACUCAGAAAACAGGAUAUCAACAGGAUCUUAACUAUGAACUGAGGAAGGUUUUCUCUUCUUCAUCGGUGUGUUACAAGCCACCCGAUUCGCCUGUUAUCAGGCUAUGAAAUAGGCGUUAUCAGUCGCUAUAAGCACCAUGGAUGUGGGUCAAUAGGGGCCUACUACACCUACUACGUUGUGAAAGUGAAAUUUAAAAGCAACACGUUCUAACAUGUAAAACUGAAUUA